GGCUCUUUUUGACUACGACAGGACAAGGGACAGUUGCCUCCCUAGCCAGGGCCUGAGUUUCUCCUAUGGGGACAUCCUGCAUGUCAUCAAUGCCUCCGAUGAUGAGUGGUGGCAGGCACGGCUGGUUACACCCCAUGGGGAGAGUGAGCAAAUUGGGGUCAUACCAAGCAAGAAAAGAGUGGAAAAGAAAGAGCGUGCACGGUUAAAAACAGUCAAGUUCCACGCAAGGACGGGCAUGAUUGAGUCCAACAGGGUGAGUGAGUCGUCCUCCUCCUCCUGUGAACGGCUCAUGGGAGCUGCCCCACUUCCCCUGAGUGUGGGAAUUGGUGGCUUCUCAUAGUAUCCUGGAGGCUCCUAUUACUGAGCAUCUCAUUUCUCACAGCCACACAAACAAAAGCGUACAAUUACAAACAUGCACUGUGCCAUCAUAAUCAGCUAUGAUGAUUAGAUCAAUUCUUCUCAGUUCUGGUCCUGGAGGCCCCCCCAAUACUUCACAUUUCUGAUGUUUCCCUCACCUGAUUUAACUUCUCUGCUCAUUAAUAAAAAAAGUGCUCACUAGCCCUAUUCGGAUGG